AUGAACUUUAUUGCCGAUAUUGUUGAGAACGUCUCCAAAUCAGUGGUCUUCCUUGAGUGCGAAGUCCGCAAUCCCUUUUUCGGCAACACAGUAGUGAGCCUCAACUCUGGAUCUGGUUUUCUCGUUUGUAAGAAAGACGGCGUUAUUCUCACCAAUGCCCAUGUGAUUGCCAACACAAACAGGGUGAUCGUCAAAUUGAACGACGGCCGUGUGGUGGAAGGAAAGGUGGAGUUUGUCAAUGAUUCCCUCGACUUGGCCACUGUGCGCAUACCUCCUGCUGCAGUUCGCGACCUGGAUGAAAUUCCACUGGGCAACUCCAAAAAGUCUCGCAGUGGAGAGUUUGUUAUUGCCGUUGGCGCUCCACUGACUCUCUCCAACACCGUCACCUUUGGCAUCAUUUCCUCCAUUUCCCGUGCUGGGCGAGAGCUGGGAAUGCACGGCGAUGUGGAGUACAUUCAGACCGAUGCCUCCAUCAAUGUCGGCAACAGCGGUGGUCCUUUGGUCAAUUUAGACGGUGAAGCUAUCGGCAUCAACACUUUAAAAGUCGGCGAGGGCAUUUCAUUUGCAGUGCCAUCUGACUACGCGGCCGUUUUUCUUCAGCGUGCCAAUGAACUUCGACACCGGCAGUCCUCUCACUGGUGGGGCGGUAGUGCCGGGAGAACGUCACCUGAUCCGUAUGGCCAACAGCAAAAUGUGCCCGUGCCGACGAGGAGAAAGUUCGUCGGACUGACCAUGGUCACACUGACGCCCAGCCUGAUUGAGCAGCUCAGAGCACGGGAGUUUAACUUUCCCAAUGUGAAGAGUGGCGUCUUCAUCCACCGAGUAGUUCUCGGUUCACCUGCGCACAUGAGCGGAAUUCAGGCUGGCGACAUCAUCAUUGAGAUCAAUGGAAAGGAGGUCAAACGGCCUGAUGACGUGUACCACGCAAUGGAACAGUACGACGUGCUCAAGGUGCACAUUAAGCGUCAACACGAGGACAUUAUUUUGAAAGUGCAGCCGCAAAUUAUUGAGUAG